GCGCCAAGAGAUUUUUGCUUUGCUUUGCUUUGAGGGGCACGUUGGGUUCCGGUCGGUGUCACUCGGAACACUUAUUUUCUUGAUCAAAAUAUUAAUCACAUUCCUGGCAAUUAAGCGACAGGGGAAAUUGCAUCAGGUUGCGCUGUACGGAAAAGGAGGUGAAAUUACAAUUCGAGAACCAGUGUGUAGCGGUUUGCUGUCCAAUAACAAAAGUGAAGAUAAAUUCAUAAAAGGACUCUUGAGCGAUAAAGGAGGGCGCACUUAUUUAUCUUGGUAAUGGCCGAGGGUGGAGUAAUGGGAGGUGGCGGAAGUGGUGGCGAUGAAAAUGAUGGAAGUUUAUGGAUUAACACACGAUGGAGAAUGGACCUUUUGGUCAAUCACCAUGCACGAUUUUGCCUAAGACUCCUCCAUUCUCUGCCUGGAGACUGUGAAGAGCUAGAAACGCAAAGGAUGACAGUCCUGCAGUUCGCCGUCACUAGUCUUGACAUACUCAACCAGAUCCAUUUAAUAAAAGAUGAGCUGAAACAUAGAAUCGUGGCUUGGGUGUAUCGUCUUCAAAUUACAGAAGACCCUCCAGAUCGCUGUGGGUUUCAAGGCUCACCGACUUUUUUAAUGAAUGAGCAUACCAAUAUACACCUUCCACCCAGGGUGGUAGCAAGCCAUGUAGCGAUGACUUAUGCGGCGCUGGUCACGUUAAUCACCCUUGGGGAUGACCUUUGUCAUGUUCAAAGAAAGAAGAUAUUGCAUGGACUUUCAACCUUGCAAAAUUCGAACGGGAGUUUUAGGGCCGGAUAUGGAUGUAGCGAGAGUGAUAUGCGAUUUGCCUAUUGUGCUGUAUGCAUUUGCUACAUAUUAAAUGACUUUAGCACUAUAAACGUGCCAAAAUUGAUCGAAUUUAUAAGACGGAGCUUUAGUUACGAAGGGUGUUUCACAUCUGGUCAUGCUGUUGAAGGGCAUGCAGGCCACACAUUUUGCGCAGUAGCAUCGCUUGUGAUUCUCGGGAAACUUCAUGAAACGCUUUGUGAAGACGAGAUCAAUAAACUUGUUAAGUGGUGUCUCUUCAGGCAAGGAGAAACUGGAGGUUUUACAGGAAGGACCAACAAAGCUGAAGAUACAUGUUACUCCUACUGGGUUGGAGGAACAUUAGCGUUGUUGGACAGCUUACCAUUCAUAGACUGUGAUAAAAAUAUUGAUUUCGUACUUGGAAAUCAAAAUCCAUUGUCUGGAGGAAUUGGCAAAGUGGACAGUGAGCAUGUGGAUCCACUACACACAUUUUUAGGAUUGGCUGGAUUGUCGUUAGUAAAAUACAAGGGUCUUAAUCUGAUGAAUCCAAUGCUGACCACGAGUAACAAUGCUUCCGAACAUUUAUCUAACCUUCAUCGACAAUGGAAUACCAGUGGACUGAACUAAUUACGAGAAUGCAUUGCAUGUGUAUCUAUAUGAGCAUCAAAUUAUUGUGCCUUCGAUAAUCAUCAUUUUUCAGAAAAACAGUAUGAAUAAAUUCACGUAAAUAAUUUUUUUACACAA